AUGAGUACACUCACACCGGAUGACCUCUCCGAGCUCUGUCUUCAGGAAGUCAACACAGCAAAGCUUCGGCUCUCGGCUCUUCGAAGUACCCAGAGAACGUUUGCACAGGUCUUGGGCACCAAUGAUGUUUUGAAAUGGCACUUGGUGAGAUCAUUGGCAUUAAAGUGGCAUUUAGGAUCUGGCAAGUCCUGGGAGCAGUCGCCUGUGAAAGGAGUUUUAUACCAAAGCAUAAGGAGCAUAACGGCGUGGGCUUGGUGGGUUCACGACUUUCGUUCACGCAAGCUCUUUAUCGGACAAAUUGGCACAGCUCGACUUCAGGGCAUGGAAGAACCGAUUGCAAAGAUUCUCCAUGCGGCCGUUGCAGAAGCAUGCGCACACGGUCUGAAAGAGGUCGUGAUGUGGGAGCCAACAGUCCAAGUCGUAAAAGCAGGAGGUUUGCUUGCCGACCAACUGGGAGCUGGCGCCCAUGUUAUUUUUAAGGAACGGUUUGAUGACAUUCCAUGUGUUCGGUUACAUGAGCAGAAUGAGCGCGAGGUAACAUUGGUUGCGCCUCAGUUUUACGGAUGGUGUUAG